GCGACGCCUGUCUGCGGCCGAAUGGAGUAUUAUUGAGAAUGUGUGAUGUGACCCGUUGACUGUUGUUAUCGACCGAAUUACACAAUUCAACUUUAAUAAACAUAAUUAUUUUCCACAGUUACCAUAUCUUAUACGCAUUUGAUGUGAGUUUUGUUUUGAGAGUGAUAUCUUUAUAUGUUGUUUUUGUUCUUGAAUCAAACUUCGUUCAGCUAACAGGUCAGCAUAAUCAUCGUGCAAUUAAUUGAGGAUUUAGGCUAUGCACUAACGGAAAUUAAUAAAUUGUUUUGUGACAUUCGCGAAGAACUGUAUUAAGUGUUUCAGAAUAUAAACGUAGAACUAUACCAUUAAAUUUUCGAUGAAUGUAACUUCUACCAAUAGGCCUACUCUUUUUGAUAAUGUCAUCACCUAACGAUGAUUUAGAUAACAGUGCUUUGGGGUUAGAAAAAUCCGAACCUUUGAUUGAUGACUCUAGGCAUAUCAUAAACAAAACCACCAUAGGCCUACAUGAAUCCUCUGAAACCCAGCUGAGCAAUAACGCUGUUACAAACUCUGUUGAUAAAGUUAGUGCCAGUUUUAAAAGUAAAAUGAGCGAAGUAGACUCAGAUAUCAACGUUGCAGAAAAAAAUGCCUCUUCUAGUGAAGAAGCCAUGCAAUUGGAGUAUGAUAAUACCAGUGAAGAUUGUCUUAAUGAUAAUAUGACUAAUGACAAGAAAAAACUUAAUAUUAAUGAUGGAGAUGAUAAUAGUGCUGAGCCAACUGUCAGUGAAGACGACAACCUACUCUCUGAAAUUUCCAAAUUAGUUGAUCAGCAACAUGGUGACAGUGAUUCUCAGAUGGUAAGUGAAUCUGACUGUCAAGACAAUAAUGUGGAAAAGGACGAUGCAAUUGACAUGGAAAGCAACAUUGAUGAAGUAAACAAUGAUGUUGAAGGCAACAGUGAAGGUAAGUUAGAUAGUGCUCCUCAAGAUAAAGUAGGUAACACAUUAACAAGCGAAAUAAAGAAGCCGAAGGAGAGUGCUGUUCAGAGGCUAGCGAGCUUGGGUCUAAUUCCUGAGGAAAAACCUGUUGUGGAAGAUAAAGAAACAAUUCUAAAAAAACUGGCUAGUCGAGGUGGAAUUUCCAUUGUGCCAGCAGGAUCCAGGCCCUCACCAUCAAGUUCUCCAGUGUCAGUAAAACCUGUGUCUAGUAAUGUAUCACCAACCAAACAAGUAACAUCUAAGACAGGAUCUGUGAAGCCGUCAUUGUCUUUGAAAACUCCAGUGCCUGGGAAAUCUCAAAAUAUUAGCAAUCCUUCUGUAUCCAUACCUACUCCAGUGAAACCUAUUUAUAAACCUGGGCCUAAGUCUGCAAAGAAGAAAAUUAAAAUUGAUCCCGGUAAUUCUUUAGAUAUUGAAAAGGAUUUUAACUCUCUUAUAAAUAUCCUCUCUACUGGGGCUGAUGUGAGUAGCACUUCAGUUACCUCCAGUACCGGUACUACUGAAGAAAAAAGUGUAUCUGGUGAAAUUGUUUCAGAAAAAGUAAAUGAAUCUAAACUUGAAUCCCAGCUUGAAAUGAAUGAAGCAUCUAAUCAGAGUACAAACGAUGGACAUAUAAGCGGGAUGGAUGUCGAUACAAAUGACGAUAAAACCUUCGAGUCAGAAACUGAAAGUCAUGAUGACUCUAAAUUGGAUCAAUGUUCUGAAACUGAUGAGAAAGAUCCAUCCAAAAACAAGAAUAAAAAUGUUAUUGAAGAGGGCUCUGCUGAAAUACUUCUCAUAGCAGACAAAAAUGUAUUUUACAAUAAAGUUCAAGAGUUCAACAGAGACAUGAGUAUUGCAGCUCUGACAGUGUUUUCUGAGAUGCAUCAACAGGAUCCCAGGAUUCGAAACCGGGGCAAAAAGCGGAAAGCCAACGACUCAAGUGAAGCUGACUCCAACCAUGCUGAGGGGACGGAAGAGAACGUUUUUGAAGCUGGAAAAAAGGCAGAGAAUGGAAUUACCAUCCUGGAGGCUUUGUCUGCCACUGGUCUUCGCUCUAUCCGUUACGCUCGAGAGAUUCCUGGUGUCAAGGAGGUGAUCGCUAAUGACUUCAAUGAAGACGCUGUUGAAACGAUAAAGAAGAAUGUGGAGCACAACAUGGUGGAAGACAUGGUCACUACCAGCAUGAGUGAUGCGUCGCUUUUAAUGUACCAACGGAAAGAUGCACCGGAAGGGUUCGACGUCAUUGACCUGGAUCCUUACGGGUGUCCCUCGCGGUUCCUGGACGCGGCGGUACAGGCAGUGAGGGACGGAGGACUGCUGCUGGUCACUUGCACUGACAUGGCCAUCUUGGCUGGUAACUCUCCUGAGUCAUGCUACGUCAAGUAUGGUGCCGUCAGUCUACGCAUGCCUGCUUGUCACGAGAUGGGGCUGAGGAUUGCUCUGCAGUGUAUAGAAUCUCAUGCUAAUCGCUACGGCCGAUACAUCGUACCUCUGCUUUCCUUCAGUGCAGACUUCUACAUUAGACUGAUAGUACAGAUAUACACAUCACCUGUUACCUGCAAGAAAACCACAAGCAAGUUGGCGAUGGUGUAUCAGUGUGUAGGGUGUGGCACCCAUUCCUUUCAUCCGCUUGGAAGUACCUCUCAGGUUGGCCACAACUCCCAGCCAAAAUUCUCAUUAACUCAAGGCCCGCCUGUUGGUACCAAUUGCUUCCACUGCAACCACAAGCAUAAUAUGGGAGGCCCUAUAUGGACGAACCCUAUAUACAGUACAAAGUUUGUAGAAAGCAUGCUGCAAGUGUUGGAAAAGGGGAGGUUUGGAACUGCUAAGCGAAUGCAAGGAAUGCUUGAAGUUAUCAGGGAGGAGUUACAAGAUGUUCCAUUGUACUACACCAUUUCAGGGCUGUGCACAAAACUACACUGUCAGGCCAUACCUCUGAUAGAUAUCAGGUCGGCCAUUUUGAACGCUGGCUACAGAGUGUCUGCCUCCCAUGCAGCACCAACGGCCAUCAAGACAAACGCACCCUCCAAGAUCAUCUGGGACAUUAUGAGAUGUUGGGUGCAUAUGAACCCUGUAUCAGAGAAGCGUCUAGUCCCGGGGUCCGUCGCCGCAGCCAUCAUACUGGAGCCGCCCAACCUCAUAGCUAACUUUGACAUCCAUCCUCGCGCCAGGCCAAGCAGUGCCAUCCGCAAACUGGUCAGGUACCAGCAGAACCCGGAGAAGAACUGGGGACCCGGCACUCGAGCUCGGUGCAACCCACAACCAUGUGAGCUGCCGAAAUUGAGAGUUCGUAGAAGAGCCUUUUGUCAGACUAUUCCUGUCUUCUGGGGUUAUUGGAAAAGUGGGCUGUUAACUAAACUGUACCCUCUGAGAUCUUUUACUUGGGAGCAAUGCCGAAGAAACGAAGAAUGAAAAGAGGCAGAUUAACCAAAAUAAAAACAAGAAUAAAAAGCAUGUGUCAAUCAUUGAAGUUGUAACCAUAGAUGAUGAAGACGAAACAACAGAAGAAGCGAAAACAGCGGAAACGUAAACCAGACCUUGAGUUGAUAAAGAAAAGAUAAUAUGUUGUGCUUCACAGGACUUCAGUCGAGAGUAUUUAAGAGUGGAUUAUUUAAAACAAGCUAUAAAUUUUUAUUGGUUAUUUUAUACAAUUUCCUCUGUUAUUUUAUUUACCUACAGGGUAUUUUUUACAUUAGGUCCAAGAUUUAGGUAAAAUGAUUAAGAGAGAUGUUUUCAUUUAAUAUUUGGAUACUUAAUUUCUCUAAAUUAAAAUAAUUUUGGUCAAAAAACAAUCAAUUAUGCUGUGUAUUGUAGCAUUUGAUUAUUUAAAGAGAUUUCUUAGUAAUUUUUUUUUCUAGGUUUUUUUAUUGUAUACAAUUCUAAAAGAGGAAUAAGUAUCUUUCCUCUAUACUGCAAAAUUUAAAUAACUUUGCAGGACAGAUAUGUUGGAAGUUGAAUAUAAUAUUAUAUUAUGAUGUAAAUAAAGACAAUUUUUACUUAAUUCAAUAAGUACUACAGACAUGCUGUACAAAGAUGUAUAAUUGAAGUAGAGUUUUGAGUGUUAAAUAAAUGUCAU